UUCGGCGGAUACACAUCGCACCCAUCGCUCUUGGCCAGCUCGUCCCAACGGGCCUUAACGGUUCCGUCAAGCGCACUAAUAAAGCCAAAAAAACUAAAACAAUAUUAACACAACAUUUGUUUAAAUCAAUUCAAGCGUGCGCGUUUUUGUGAUUAUCCAAACAGACAAACAUCCAACUUCCCUUCUAAAUCUCGGGCUGUGAAAAUAUUUUCAUUUUUUAUUGGCCGUGGCGUGUGAGUGGUUUCAGUAAACGGCGAGCCAUUGAACUUUGAAAUAUAGAAAAUAUUUGGAAAGACAUCAACAAAAACACAUAUCUAUACAUCCUUAUACUAAUUGCUGUCGGGAAAUUCUGUUUGCGGUGCGUCGCAGAAAAUCUGUUGUUUCUACGCUGCAAGAAUUGUUUAAAUUUAUUCUUUUGUUUGGCCCGAUCUGUUUUGUCGAUUGUUUCGUAAACAAAAUUGUGGCCUGAAUUUUCAGUUUCCCACAUUGAUUCUAACAAGAGACCAAGCCAAAGCAACAAAUGUGACAACUAACAAUAAAUUGUGAUAGAACAACGCUGAUCCUUGGACUUACAUCCAUUUCCCCUAAACGAUCAGCAUUCGGAGACCAAGUCACAAUUAUACAUAGUACAAACCCAAUUACCAACUCAACUUAGCUUCAAUUAAACUCACUUCAACAUGGAUUUCGAUCAGAUUCUGGCCAAAUGUGGCGACUUCAAUCGCUACCAGUUCAUGAUACUCGCCCUCUUUGGGUUUAUUAAUAUCAUCGUAUCGAUGCAUUACUUUACACAAACAGUCAUUAGUUUUGUGCCAGAUCAUUGGUGCUAUCAUGAUAAGCUAGUGAAUAUGACCUACAAGGAGAUCGGUGAUAUCUACGCUCAGUUCGAGAAGCCCUCGUGCACCCGACUGGAGGACAUCAACGGACACAAUGUCACCGUCAGUAGCAAGCCCUGUGAGAAGUGGAUCUACAACUAUGAUUUUGGCUACAGGAGCAUGAACACUGAGCUAAACUGGGUCUGUGACUCGGCGUACAAGGCACGUAUUGGACAGUCCCUGUUCUUUAUUGGCUCCGUGGUGGGCACUCUCUUCUACGGUCUGCUCUCCGAUAAGAUUGGCCGUGUUCCCGCCCUAAUCUUGUCAAACUUCUGCGGUUUUGCCGGUGAUUUCUCCACCAUAUUUACCAAAAGCGUGGCCACCUUCACCCUCUGCCGUUUCAUUUCCGGUCUGGCAGCCGAUACUAACUUUUAUCUGAUGUACAUUAUAGUGCUCGAAUAUAUCCGACCCAGCAUGAGAACUCUGGGUCUUAACAUGGCCGUGGGCCUAUUCUAUUGCCUGGGUCUGGUCUUUACACCGUGGCUGGCAGUUUUGGUGGGUCAUUGGCAGAUCUACUUGGCCUGCACAUCGCUCCCAAUUCUACUGGUGGUGCUGUAUUAUUUUGUGGUGCAGGAAAGUGCCCAAUGGUUGGUGACCAGGAAUGACAUCGAUGGAGCCAUCAUGAGGCUGAAGAGGGUGGCCAAGUUCAAUGGCUGCCGAGUGCCGCAGUCGGACUUCGAUGAGUUCCGACGACACUGCCAGAUGACCCGGGAAAUGCAGGGCGGCGAUGACAAGAAGCAGGCCACUUUGCUGGACAUGUUCAAAACGCCACGCAUGCGUAAAAACACACUUAUUCUGUUCUUUAAGAGCAUGGUGAUCACUCUGUGCUACGAUGCAGUCUCCCGUAACGUGGAGGGCAUGGGCAUCUCACCCUUCAUCAUGUUCUCGCUGAGUGCCUUGGCUGUGCUGCCCUCGAGUAUUCUGCUGGUCCUGCUUCAAGAUCGCAUUGGUCGCAAGGGCAUGGCCUCGGGAUCCCUGCUGGUAGGUGGACUCUUCACAGCCGCCGCUGGAAUAGCGAUUGCCUAUCAGCAGCACAACCACAAUGCAAUUUUGCUGGCCUGUCUGACGAUUGCCGCUCGUUUUGGAGUGGCCAUCUCAUACGAGUCGGGAUCUCAGUAUGCCACCGAACUGAUCCCCACCUGCGUGAGAGGUCAGGGCGUGGCUGCAGUCCAUGUGGCCGGAUUUGCGGCAUCCUUCCUGGCGCCCUACAUCCUCUGGCUAGGCACUUUCUUCAAGGCGGCGCCCUCUAUUAUCCUGGGCGUCCUCUUCUUCGCAGGAUCCUUCGUCUGCCUGCUGCUGCCAGAGACGCUAAACAGGAGCCUUCCCACGACCAUCGAGGAGGGCGAGGUGUUCGGAAAGGGCGAGCGUAUGUUCGACUUCCCAUGCCUGCACAACAGGAACGAUGAUGAGGAAUCCGAUUCCGAGCUGGAGAAGUACAAGCGGAAGCACUCCCUGAUCGAUGCCAAGCAGAUGCAGAUGGAGUCCACCUCGAAUGGAAAGCGCAAGCAGUCCUUGAUCGAUGCCGAUCGCGAGGAGCAGGCUCUGAAGGACGCCAAGCACUGAGGGGCGAUGCUCCGCUCUCAGUAGUUCAUAGUUUAGCUAACCAAUUUGUCGCCUAGAAACUAAGAACCCAUUUCCCCUAAAUAACAUCCAGGCUAAGAUCCAGACUAACUCGAUUCGAUGGCCAGUAGUAGUUGGGUGCUAACAAAAUGUGUGCUCAAAAGCCUUUUCUUAUAUAUGAAUAGAGUGUAUCCUUAUAAAUUAUAUAUAUAUAUAUAUAUAUUUAUAUAUAUAUUUGUACGUAUAUCUACCUACUCUAGCUGGUAAUUACCUAGGGCUUAGCUGUACAUUUAACUCGAUUGAAAAUUACUGUUUUUUCCAAAACGCUGAUUGUGUAAGAAUGGAAUCGUAUAGUUAACACUUAAGCGGCACAAAAUCACUUAACUACAAAAAAUUGAAUAUGCUUAUCGUAAGAGUUUUUCAUACCUUCAUGUACAUAAGUGCGAUACUACUUAGGCCAGUAACUGAAUGUUCUAUUUUUGAUUUUGAUUUUUAAGCAAAUGAGAACCUUUAAGCAAACUGAUAAUAAUUAUUUAAAGUCUAGAAAACAAAAUAUUAAAUAUACAAAUCAAAAAA